CUCCAAUCUAUUACGUUGCUAAAUGCGACACCCGGAAGAAGAAGCUGGUGCAGGUGGGGGAAAAAAAGAAGAUUAAGGAGAAGCCGAUCAGCUCUGUCCUACAGGAGUGAAGAUGUCACAGGUUGGAGCUUUGGCGGCCGUUGGGUUUGCAAUUACGGCCGCCUCCCUGUUUUCAGCCAUACAUAAAAUAGAAGAGGGUCAUGUUGGAGUGUAUUACAGGGGUGGAGCGUUGCUUACUUCUACAAGUGGGCCGGGAUUCCAUCUAAUGCUCCCAUUCAUAACCUCUUUCAAAUCAGUGCAGAGUACUUUGCAGACAGACGAGGUGAAGAAUGUUCCAUGCGGUACAAGUGGUGGUGUCAUGAUCUACUUUGACCGAAUUGAGGUGGUAAAUUUCUUAGUCCCUGGUGCUGUGUAUGAUAUAGUGAAAAACUUCACUGCUGACUAUGAUAAAGCGUUGAUCUUCAACAAAAUUCACCAUGAGCUGAACCAGUUUUGCAGUGUCCACACAUUACAGGAAGUCUACAUAGAGCUGUUUGAUCAGAUAGAUGAGAACCUCAAGCUGGCCCUGCAGCAAGAUCUCAAUACAAUGGCGCCUGGACUCAUCAUUCAGGCUGUAAGAGUCACAAAGCCCAACAUCCCUGAAACCAUUCGCAGGAACUACGAGCUAAUGGAAAGUGAGAAGACCAAGCUGCUGAUUGCUGCACAAAAGCAGAAGGUGGUGGAGAAAGAAGCAGAGACCGAGAGAAAAAAGGCUGUUAUUGAGGCAGAAAAGGUCGCCCAAGUUGCCGAGAUUAAAUUUGGGCAGAAAGUGAUGGAAAAGGAAACUGAAAAGAGGAUUUCAGAAAUUGAAGACUCUGCUUUCCUCGCUCGUGAGAAAGCAAAAGCUGAUGCAGAGUUUUACACAGCGCAGAGACUGGCAGAGGCCAAUAAGCUAAAAUUAACACCCCAAUACCUGCAACUCAUGAAGUUCCAAGCCAUUGCUGCCAACAGUAAGAUCUAUUUUGGUAAAGACAUUCCAGAAAUGUUUAUGGACUACUCGGGGACAUCUCAUCCUCCGCCGAUGGUGUCAGAAGACCCUUUCAAACUUAAAAGAGCAGAGCAGCCGGAUCCUCAAGGAGUCGGAGCAGAGCAGCUGGCUGUUUGAGGAUUGUGGCUAACGUCUAAUUUUUAAGAAAUAGCUGAAAGUUUAAUUAUUCCAGGAUUAGUUAUGAUUUUUUUUUUAUUCUAUUUUUUAAACAAGUUUGUAUACUACAACCAAAUCUAUUUGUGUCAGAGCUCGUUAAUGGAUUGCGCUUUCGUUCAAGAAUUUUAUAUUUUUGUAAACAAGACGAAGGUUAUCUGGCACCCUCAACCUCACACUUUAAUUUAUGAGUUUUUGACUUUUGAAUGAAUGCAAGAGCUACGAAUAAUGCAUUGCGAUAGUCACACUCCACCACUAACUAAUUCUUUGUAACCACUUACUGGCUUGACCUAGUAGGUCCAUCCAUGAUGACACUAAAUGCUACUCCACCGUGGCCAUUGAUUGCGAGUCCUUUGCUCUAGAGAGCUGUGUAGCCUAAAAUGAAGCACUGCUUGUCCCGUCUACCUGUUAGAUCUCAGCCACACGUUUCAUUAGGAAUAUAAACCAUAUAUCGGUA